CGAGUAUUCGCUCAUGACUGCUUGCCUUCUCCGAGACCAAACAAUCACAACUCACCAUCGUUUGUGUUGAAGCCACCGAAAGCCAGCCGCCCCGAGACCAAGACGGCCACGGCGCCUCGGGCCCAGGGUAGCCAAAUAAAGAACUCCACUUUAUUUGGCUCGAUCGCUUUCCCCGCCAAACAAUCUGUCUUUCCACCAUCCGAGUAGCGACUGACAAGCCGACGUAGCUUUGUUUUGUCGUCGCAGUUCCCAGCAACAGACUUCGAACGCCAAACAUCUUGUUCCACGCCAACACUUUUCUGUGCACCGAUAUAGUUCCGAUCUUCCACCGCUCCAGUGCCCUUGGACCAUGCCUCUCUGUGGCGGUAAGAAAGUCGUGCAGCGUAAGCUGGUCCUGUUGGGCGAUGGCGCAUGCGGGAAAACCAGUCUCCUCAAUGUCUUUACUCGAGGAUUCUUCCCGGUACGUUGCAGCUAUCUUGAUCAAGAUGCUAUCAUAGUCAACAACGCAGGAUCCUGUCUGGGCGUCUUUAGGCGCAAGCUAUAGAGAGAACCAUGGGCUAACUGACGCAUGUCACCGCCGUCUAGACCGUUUACGAACCUACAGUCUUUGAGAAUUAUGUGCACGACAUUUUCGUGGAUAACAUUCACAUGGAAUUAUCAUUAUGGGAUACCGCCGGACAAGAGGAGUUUGAUCGCCUGCGAUCGUUGAGUUAUGAUGAUACCCAAGCGAUCAUGUUGUGUUUUAGCGUCGAUAAUCGCGGUUCUCUAGAAAAUGUGGGCACGAAGUGGAUCCAAGAAAUCAACGAACACUGUCCAGGCGUUAAAAUCGUCCUAUGCGCGCUGAAAUGUGAUUUGCGCGAAGAAGCGGAGAAGGAAGACGAAGAGGGGGGAGAACCAGCAGGUCAAGAUCAGUCACAGUCAUUUUCACAAACACAACAGCCGCGACAAUCGAUGAUCUCAUACAAUGAAGGGCUUGAGGUUGCCAGGAAAGUUGGCGCGUUGAGGUAUCUAGAAUGUUCGGCGAUGCGGAAUCGCGGUGUCAACGAGGCCUUCACCGAAGCUGCUAGAGUUGCCCUGGCCGUCAAAACAGCGAGUGGCUCAAGUCAGGAUGCCAAAUGCUCUAUUAUGUGAAGCUGCCUCACGAUGGCGCUAAACAAAGAUACUGGAGACCCUAUUGUCAAUGAAUCACACCCGCCCAGGAGCUGAUCCUCGACUUGUACAUGUUUGUUGGCAAGGGGCCCUUGCCUUCGUUCAGUCUGGUUGUUCUAAACUGUGCCAUGGUCGCGGCGACCUCUCAGACAACGCUCCCUCACCACAUCUUUCAGCGGCUACACGUUUUGGAACACACCGGUGCUUUCUUUCUGGUUACAACAACGUUGUAAAUAUAGGAUUCCAUGUACACACACGGAGCCAGAAAGCUUUAUUCAACUUUUCUCAUUGUCCUCCUUUCUUGGUUCUUCUAGCGAUAAGAGGCGGAUCUGGAUGUUUCCUGUCACUGGAGUCUCGAUGAUAUUUUACAGGCGUCUGUCCGGUGAUAUGGAGUUUUUGGAGAUUUGUGCCUUUGGUCGAUUGGACGAUUGGUUCGGGGUCGUGCUGGCCUUCCCUACAGCAUCUGGGCUGGCUCGGACGUGGUUGAGAGAUAGUCCUAUAGGUCUGGACACUACCAUUGGUAAACAGAAUUGAUGCAUCGGCGAGAUCCUCGUUUAGCUUCUCUUGUUUAAUUACAAAGUUGGGGAGCCCUGGGGUAACGUGGGAAACACUGAGGCAAGC